UGGACAAAUACGCAGUUCGUCUAUACAGUGUUCUAUUCUACAGCGCAUUACAGCGCUUCAUGGAUUUGUUGAACAUACGAUCCGCUACUGAAGUACCGUACGCUACACAACAAAAAUAUGGCGACAAAUAAUGUAACGUGUUCGGCGUGUCUCAAUAUUAUAAAACAUAAACAAUACCUGGUUUGUUCUACAUGCUCGCAAAAGUAUGAUAUUGGGUGUUUGAAUAUAACUGAAAAACGAUUCUUAUCAUUAGAUACUGAGAAGAAAAAUAACUGGUUAUGUGUAAAAUGUAAAAGUAAGCAGCCGAAAAAAGAUAAUUCAAAUACCCCUAUCCGUGGAACGCUUCAAGACAACCAAUCUUCCUUAUCACAAAAUAGUGACUGUCAAAAUCAAAAUAUAACAAAGCGAAAAAAGGCUUCGAAAACGGAUGUGUCGCCGAGCACUAGCACAUGUGGAAAUGAGUUAAUUACUGAUGAUGUUAGCUAUGGUUCACUCCUAUCAACCUUAACACAUGAAAUUCAUGUAGCUGUUAAUGAAGCUGUAAAUAAAACGGUCGAAUCAUAUUUUGCAAAGCAGUUUGAAUCUUUAAAAGAAGAGUUAAGCACGCUAAAAGAUUUAAAAUCGUCUAUAGAAUUCCUUAGUGCCGAUUAUGAUCGUGUCAAAACGGAUUUGCAAAUAUGUAAUGAAAAGUUGAUGUCCUUGACUAAAGAAAACACAAAACUUACAGAAUCUGUUAAAGAUCUUAACUCCAGAUUAUCAAUGUUGGAACAAUAUUCUCGUGAACGCAAUAUAGAAAUAAAUGGAAUUCCUGAAGGGAAAGAAGAAAAUCUUUUUACAGUAGUGAAACAGCUCUGUACAACUGUCUCGGUGCCGAUAAUGGAUAACGAUAUUGUAACAUGUGUUAGAAUCAGAAAGAUGAAUCCGCAGAGCAAGAUCCCCCGACCAGUCGUAGUGAAACUCCAGUCCACGAAGCUGAGAGAUGAAAUAAUUGCAGGUCUAUCAAAGUUUAACAGACGUGAUCGCGAAAAUAAGCUGAAUACCAGCCAUCUGGGCUAUGGUUGCAGUAAACAACCGAUAUACGUGUCUGAACACCUGACCCCCUAUUUAAAAUCCCUGCAUGCUCAGACAAGGCUUUUAGCUCGAGAAAAAAAAUAUAAAUAUGUGUGGAUUCGUAACGGUCGUAUACUAGUAAGAAAAGACGAUAAUUCGCCAGCAAUACCAAUAAAAAACCUAGAUUCACUGAAACUUAUUGAAUGAUUUUUAAGUGAAACUUCUAUCGCUUAGUCUUUUAAAAAAAAAAAGUUAUAAAAUUCGAUACGAAUAAUUUACAUAAAUUUUUGGAUUCUAUAGAAUCAUUCAAUAUUUCUAGGUCUUUUGUUUGUUUGCCGGACCAGUGUAUGAAACAGUUAAAAACAACUAGAUCUACCUUAAACAUACUGCAUGUUAAUAUCCGAAGCUUGAACCGUAAUUUUGAUGGUCUGAAUGUAUUGCUUCAUUCUAUGGAUAUUAAAAGCGACAUAAUUAUUCUUUCUGAGUGCUGGUUGAGUAAGGUUUCUAGCGUUCCUGUUCUAACCGGUUAUGUCUCAACCAGGUCAUCCUUCAGCAACCAAAACGAUGGUUUGGUAAUUUAUAUAAACACUGCACUGUCUUAUAAUCUAUAUGAACCUGCUAUUCAAGACGCUAACUGUCUUGUCUUGAAGUUAGGAUUAGAUACAGCUAUUAUUGCAAUAUAUCGUACCCCCUCUGUAAGAAAUACAGACAAUUUUCUAAAUUCUCUCAGGAAUAUUCUUGAACCGAUGUCAACAGUGGCAACUGUUGCAGUGAUCGGAGAUCUGAACAUCAAUAUACGACCAGGUAAUUGCGAUCCAAACUCUGAAGAAUACUUAAAUACAAUGGCGUUCCAUGGCCUACUUCCUGCUCACUUUUUCCCUACGCGAAUUAAUAAUUGUCUCGACCAUAUUUUUUUAAAAACGAAUAAAACUGCUACGACAUUUGUUUUUGAUUCAUAUAUUACUGAUCAUGCACCUAUCCUAUUUUGUAUUGAGCAGGAUCCUUGGGACGUUACUAAACCAAAAAGCAUGAUACGACAUUUAGACUUACCUAAUGUUAUUACCAGCUUAGAAAAUACUGACUUCUCACAUAUCUUGACCUGUACGGAUCCCAAUGAAGGCGUGGAACAACUUAUUUCCAUAAUAAUUAACGUAGUAAACCAGCACAGUA